AUGAGGAAGAAAAUCAUUCCUAAAAGGCCUCCUCGUGAAAAGAUUUACAAGCUACCCACAAAGCCUUCCACUCGUUCUCAAGACCGCACCUUUACCCCUUCUCCUUCUCCUCCUACCUCUCCUCCUCGCUGUGACCCCAUGGCUCGGACUAAAAACACUCCAAGAUUUCCUUCCUCUGCCAAGCCGACGCCACCACCAAAGGCCACACCUUCCAAGCCUGGCUCCUCAAAACCAAGUUCAGCAAAGCCUGGCUCCUCCAAAGGACCAACUCGAUCUGAGAGAGUGGUUCUAGAUGAUGAUGAUGAAGAGUUCAUUCCAGAUGAUUCUACUGCUCCUUCCACUGAGGGCACUUCCAUCUCCACUGGGAAGAAAUCCACUCUGCUGAAUGUUGUUAGGGAUGUUGCGCAAGAGAUGCAAGACUUUGUUGAUCUUGUUUAUUAUCCGCCCUUGAUGACAAAAGGGGGAGUAAUAGCAAUAGGACCCUAG